ACCUUUCUCUCUCACAUCACAAGAACAAGAGCAUGGAAAACUCAAACUGCGUCUACAGAGAGUGCCUCCGCAACCACGCCGCCAGCCUGGGGAGCUACGCCACCGACGGCUGCGGCGAGUUCACGCUGCAGGAGGGGUCCCUCCAGUGCGGCGCCUGCGGGUGCCACCGCAACUUCCACCGCAAGGCGGCCUGCGAGGGGGCGGAGGUGGUGGGGGGCGGAGAGAGGAGCAAGAAGAGGUUCCGGACGAAGUUCAGCGCGGAGCAGAAGGAGAAGAUGGUUGUGUUCGCGGAGAAGCUGGGGUGGAAGCUGCAGCGGAGAGAGGUUGACGACGAGAUAGAGAGGUUCUGCCGAAGCGUUGGUGUUAGCAGACAGGUUUUCAAGGUGUGGAUGCAUAACCAUAAGAAUAACUCUAACUCUUCUAAUUCCUCUGCUAACCUCUCUUCUCUCACUCAAUAACAUGCAAUGCACUAUGCAACCAACCUUUUCAUGUAAUGUAAUCAUUUUCUAUUUUCUCUUUUCCUUCUUGCAUCACUAAGAUCGAUCCAUAUGGACAAUGUAUGUUUGGAUUUCAAUCAAAACAAUUAUAAUUAUAUUA